GGGGAGGCCACUGCUCUUGCACGCGCGUCACCUAGCUCGCAUCAAUAGCGGGCUCCAAAAAACGCACGCUGAUAUUUUCACAGCGCUGUGUGGUCGCGUUCUUGUCCAGCCACGACGCUACGCAGAGGAGUUCUCCAAAAGGCUCAAGCAGUCGAGAGCAUAAUAUGGGUGCCGCGUCGUCGAGCGAGGGCUCCCCGCCGGAGGAGCUGUCCACGAGGCUCAGCACGUGGGCCUCAAGCGAAGGCUCUGCGGCCGCGCUCGCGGCGCUCGAAACUGCGGCGCCCGCACUGAGUGCAGCGCUGCGCGCCUCCGAUGCCGACGCCGUCACGAGUGCGCUGGGCGGCGGCGCCGCGGAUGCCGAUGCGGACCGCCCGGAAACCGUCGAGGGCGAAGGUGACGGCGCGGCCGCGAACGACUCGCCCACCCCGAAGCGGGCCCGCGCGCCCCUGGUCCCAUUCACGAAGAGCAUACUGGACCACCAAGAUAACGCGUCGAAGGUCCUCGGCUACGCCGGUUACCGGACCGUGUUCACCUUAGAAGCGCUCUGCGCGAGGGCGCGACCGGCGCUCAAGGGCGCCAAACUCGUCCUCGACGUAUCCACAGAGUCUUCGUUGACGACAGCGGCGCGCACCCAGAAUCGGCACGAGCUCCUCGACGCGCGGCGCACGGGCAGCCUGCCUACGGAUACGCCGCUGCGAAUUGUACUCAAGUCCACGGAGACGGGCGCGCAGCGGCGCACGGCCGACGUGUUAUACAAAGACGACCGCGUCCUCUUCCCGAGCCCGCGGCCGCGCCAGCUCUUCCGCGCCGCGUCGACGGAUCCGGGCGACCGCGACGUGGAGCGGUCGCGGGCGUCGCUCGAGGCCUACGAGCGCGAGCGGGCCGCGAACCUGGCCCUUGGCUGCAUUAUCGUCGACGCAGAUAGUCGGGCGGGCGACCACGCCGGCGAUAUAACCAAGCGUGCGUUUUUCCGGACCGCAGUACAAUCCAGCUCGGAGGAUUCCGAAGCGGCUGACGAGGCGACCGCCGCGGCGCUCGUCGAAGCCAUGGGCGGCGCGCGAAUUAUUCCGCGGCGCCUGGUGCUGGCGGCGGGUCGGGUUCACGACCAUCCAGUCUCGUCAGAAUAUGGGAGCCGGCUCCAUCUCGAGAGGGCGUUCCAGUACUCCAUGGACAAGUCCGUGGUGCUGGAUUCGUUAGACGUAGCGCGGAGACUCUCGUGGUUCGCGGUCAAAGCCCUGCUCACGCAUCGCUCGGAGACUCUCGUGGAGGCGGUCUUCAGAGAAAAGGUGUGCGAAGCGGCCGGCCUCAGCGCCACGGACUCGGCCGUCGUGUGGCGCGAGGCGAUGGGAGGCGCCGUCCCGCCGUUCACGCCCUCGUACGUGGACCCCCUCACGCACGAGCGUCGCGAGGUCGGCGACGUUCGCCCGGGCGACGUCGCCGUGCUCGAAGUCAUUGGUUGGCUGUGGCCAGCCCUCGCCGCGUUUGCGCUGGCCGCGUCGGCACAGGGCGAUCCCGCCAAGUGCUUCACGGCCUACGAGCCGUGCGUUGUCGCGGUGAAAACGUUCGAGGACAUUGUGAUCCGGCAAGAGAUUGUUGGCUGCAAAGAAAACGGCUCCGAGUGGUCCUUGCCGCUGGCGGUCCUAGACGACCUCGCGUACCGGCGCGACGGCGAGGAGGACGACGCCCCGGGCCAAGCGCGGGUCGCUGUGGCGGUCGCGAGCCUGUUGUCGCCAGAGCGCGUCCCGACGUUUGCCGUCGGCGCCCAGGUCGAAUACGGCGAGGGAGAGUCGACGGCUCCGCGGAACAACCCGGUCGCCUGGGUCACCGCUAGCGUCACGGAGGUGAAUGCCUCGACGGGAAUCGCAACGAUACGGACUGAAGGCGCAAACGAGACAAAAACAGUAGGUCUCGGCGCGCUCCGAGAAGGGCCAAGCAAGGUGCCCUGCGCAGCGGCGGUCGUCCUCGCGCACGCCGUCGCCGACCAUCGGAACGAUAUUGUGCUUCAGAUCCUCUCGUCGCCGCUCCUGGCUUCGCCGUUGUCGCUCGUCGUCGGCAAACCGGGAGCCAAGUUAAAUGUAAGGGGCGUUACUCGCGCGACGGCCCUCGACCACGCAAUUGCUUCUCGCAACAUCGUAGCCGUUGGCCUGCUGACGAAGAAUUAUGCGUGCUCCUGGAAGCGCUGGGAAGCGGUGCUUUCGACGUGUGAUAGCCUCGAGGAAGCCGAUGAGCAACGAUCAACUAAGGAAGGGUCACUGGUCGACUUGUCGUGCGCUCUCCGGUUGGCGCCGGGCGUCUUUCUGAACUCGCUCAAUGCAUUCAGGGUCUUCGAAGCAGGGGCCGCCUUGGAGAGACAUGAGCUGGAGUCUGAAGGAGAUAAGCUUGGUAUACCGUGCUUGAUCGCGGCGCGCGACGGCGACGCUGCGAGAGCACUCGCCCUCUUCGAGACCCUGAAAAGAAAGUGUGAUGCGGGGGUUGUGGACCUUGUUGCUGUGGACCAAAUUACGAGCCUGAUGCUGACCUGGGCUGCGAAGUCGGGCUCUGCGGCGAUCAUCGACUAUCUCCUCACACAUCACAAUCGGCCGGUCGAGAUGGAGCUGGCGGUCCGCAUUGCCAUCGCUGAUGGACACAUUCAUUGCCUCGAAUCGCUUUUGGUCGUCGGUCCGUCACUGACGAAUUAUCUUGCAAGAUUUUCUCCAGACGCGAUCUUAUCUCCGGCGCCCCUCAAAGCUAUCUUGGAGGCGGUCCAAAUGGACGACGGCGCCGCGCUUGAUCUUAUGCGUUCGCGCGGCGUUAGGCUCGGGCCAUUUGAUGGCCCAGGGAUGGUCCCACGCCUCCAACCAAUCGACGCCGCGGCGCAACGGGGGAGCUCUUCUGCGGUACGAGCGAUUCUGCGCGACCCUUCCGUCGUCCAGUGGAUCAUGGCCCGCAAAUCGGACGCGAUCAUGCGAGCUUGUGACCGCGGGCACCCCGAGUCGUUGGCUGCGUUGCUCGAGCGCGUGCAGCUGAUUCACACGAAAGAAAAUUCUGAGAUCUUUGGGACUUCUUCGCCGCUUCUGCAGGCGAUCACCAGCCGUAGUCUCGCGACGGUGGAGAUAGUGUUAGCGCAUGGCGUCGACGUGAACGAGAAGCUCGAGGGCAAGAGGUCGGCACUUGCGUGCGCCGCGGGUCUCCAUGCCAUCGACAUCGCCACGGAGCUGUUAAAACGGGGCGCGUCAGUGGGCUCGCCGUCCGACCUCACUCAAACUGCUCUGUCUUAUGCGUUGAAUAAUUCUAAGGACAUCGAAGAUGCCUCCUUGCGCAAUUCGAUGGUCCAGCUGUUGCUGAGACACGACGCCAACCUGGUGGAACACUGGUUGCACUGGGCCAAGAAGAACUGGUUGAAGGUGGGGCAGCUCCAAGCCUUCCUAGGCGCCGGUGCAAAUCCUUCUGUCAGCGACAGCAAAGGGGUCACACCCUUGCACAUAAAUGUUUUUCACGCCAAAAUUCUAACAGAUGCAUCGAUCGCCCAGCACGACAUACUCGAAAAUAUAACGACCUUAGUUCUGGCUGGCGCUGAUUUGACGGCCAAGACGACCGCGGACACGAGCAACGACGAUGCCGGAUUCCCCUUGUUUGACGAGGUGCUGCCCGGGGGUCUUACGCCAAUGCAGGUGGCCGAGACAGUCGGUUGGGGACCUUCCCGAGACCAGGUCGUCGCGCACCUCACGGCAGCCAUCGCCCUGCGCGCGCUCUGAGCCAGUAAUGUGUAAGACUUAUACCCCCGUGGA